UUUCUGCUCCAUCCUCUGGUCUGUUGGGUAGCAGGCCCUCUUUUUGUUUCAUGCAUUCAUGGUCUCUUGUCAUAUGCCCUCUUGGAUUCAGCCUUCGAGAACUCGUGAAAUCUGCUGUUUUUCCUUUUCCAUUUAUUCUAUGACUUAAUGUCUCUUUUUUAGCCAAUUUGUGGAGGUGCGGCUUCUGGGUUCCAUUUUCGGUGUUGGGGGCAUCAGGAUUCUCUUGUUCUCUAGGUGGGAGGAGGGGAGUAGGUUUGAGAUAAUGCUGAGGCAGAGGAGGAGGCCGGUGCAGGGGGAGCAAAGAAAAGGCCACCUGAUGCCCGAUGGCGUGGUGCAGAAGGCCAGGAGCACCUCCUUCUUCAGCGUCCCCGGCCUCUUUGUGGGGUUCAGCGCCAAGGGCUCCCCAGAUUCCGAAUCGGCGAGGAGCCCUACCUCUCCCUUGGACUACAAGGUCUUUUCCAAUUUGGGCGGCUCCUUCGUGAGGUCCCCUAGAUCCCCAGGCCCUGAGGGGCAGCCAAGGAGCUGGGACUGCACCAGGGUGGGCCUUGGCCUCGUGGAUUCUCUCAACGACGAGUCCAAGGCUGGUGGCAGGGUGCUGGGGUUGUCUGAGAGCAAGAACAUACUGCUCGGAUCACAGCUGAGGAUUAACAUCCCAACCCCCAAAACCCUCCUGGAUCCCAGCAGGGACGAGCCUCUGGGACCGGCUCCCAAUUCCCUGCCUGAGAACGUCCGGGUUUCUGCACAAGCUCACAUAGGAUCGCCUUCCUCCCGAUCCGGUUGCUCGAAACCGGCCGUAGGAUCCAAAGGAGCUGAAUUGGAGCCGGGGCAGUUGGGAAAAACUCGAUCUUGGUCCGCCGAUAUCGGUAGAUCAUCGCUUCCCCUGACUCGUUUUAUGUACCGAAAUCCCAAGUCCAGUUCCGAAAUUUUUCCAUCCGAUUUGAAGAAUUCCACACUGGAUGCUUCUCGAUUAGUUAGCAAGCCCACCAAUUUUGACAAUCUUUCGGGGUCUCUCCCGAUAUCCUUUGGCUCGUCUCGUGGAUUCAUCUCUUCUCUCUCUGCGAGCGAGAUCGAGCUAUCGGAGGACUAUACCUGCAUAAUUUCCCAUGGUCCUAACCCUAAGACAACCCAUAUUUAUGGGGAUUGCAUUCUUGAAAGCCACCCAAUUCACUCACCGGAUUCUAAGAAUAAGCUUGGAAAAGAGGGGGGAGGCUCUUCUUGGCUGGUCAAGUGCCCCAUGGAUUCGCCACCCUCUCCGUCUAAUGAUUUUUUGAGCCGCUGUUUCUUUUGCAAGAAGAAAUUAGAGGGGAAGGACAUCUACAUGUAUAGAGGAGAGAAAGCAUUCUGUAGCUGCAAUUGCCGGGAGCAGGAAAUUUUGAUUGAAGAGGAAACGGAGAAGCCAGCAACUGAGGAUUGUUCCGAUUCUUCUGGUUCGUCAUUCCAUGAGGAGAUUUUCCUCACCGGGAUGGGCGUGGCGUCGUAGGCUGGGGGGAUUGAUUGAGGAGUGCCAACCCAUUAGUAUUUGAGUGGUGAGACUCCAAGGUGAACAAUUCGAUCAUCUGUUUAUCAAGAGCUGUUUGUGUGAGUCUGUAGCGGCCAUGGAUGAUCACCAUGUACAUUCAUCUGUUUGCUGCUGUUGUUUCAGCACUCAUGGUGAUAUUGGUGGGUUGUGGCUGGAUAUUGCCCUCUUUUUGUUCUCUUUUUCCCAGAGAUUUGGAUCAUGGAUAAUCUUUUCAUUCUAUUAUAGUUUUAAUCGGAAGGAUUGUUGGCGACUGCAUGAUCUCCCCUAUUUUUUUUUUUUCCUUUCUUCCUUCCCUUGCAGCAGUUAAUGUAAUAUCUCCAAGAACUUUAUAAGUUAAUGAGUAUGAGCUAUUUUUAGGUAUCUUAUA